AUGACUGAUGCUGUUGCAUUUCGUUCAACGACAGACAAAUCAAAUGUUAAAAUAAGUAUAGAAGAUCUUAAUUUUGCAUUACUACAUGGUGAAAAACUCGAAAAAUUACCCGAUAAAAUUGAAGUAAAUGUAGUUUAUCGUCUUGCACUUGCAUCAAAUAUUAAAGGAAAUCUUGAUAUUGCAACAAAACAUCCACAUGGAAAUUGUAAAUUAAUGAACGCACAUGUUUUACAUCAUACACCAGAAUCAACAAUUCAGCAAAUCGAUCAACUUGUUUCAAAAAUGUCCGGUGCUGCUGCUUAUAAAACAUUAGUUGCCGCAAAUGGUGGUAUUGAUAGUCCACGUAAUGCAUCACAAUGUAAUUAUAGACGUCAAAAAUACUUGAACAAUCAAAAAAUUAGUCAUGAUGAACUUAGUAAUGUAAUUCUUCUGUCAUACGAGCUGAAUGAAUUUUAUAAAUUACUUCAAUUACAACCGGAAACAUUAAUUAUAUUGAUGCAUGAUCAAAUGAAAAGUCAGCUUCUAAAUCUUCUUAGAAUAACAAAAGAAAUAGUACCUUUAUACUAUGAAACAACAUUUUCUCUUGGUGAAAUUUAUGUUUCUAUACUUGGAUUUCGAAAUGUAAUCUUUUCCGAACGACCAAUACUUCCACUUGCAAUUCUUAUGCAUGACAGAAAACUUCAAUCAGGACAUGAACGUUUUGUACAAAUCCUGAACAAUGAAUUACCAAAUCUUCAUAAAAAUUGUAUUCUUGUAACUGAUGGUGAAGAUGCACUUAAAAAUGCUUUUCGAAAAUAUUAUCCAAGAAUGUUACAGUUGCGUUGUUGGAAUCAUGCUAUGAAUGAUAUAAAAGCUGCUGCUAAAAAAAAGGAAAUUAUUGAUGGUGUUAUCGAUGCAAUUAAAACUCUUUUACGUGCAUCAUCUUACAAUGAAUUUCGUGUACAGUAUGAAAAUAUAUCUUUACAUUGGCCAAAACGAUUUGUUGAAUAUUUUGAAAAAAAUACUUUACCAAUUAUUAAUGAGUUAGGUGGAUGGUCAGGUCGAAUGUUUCAGUUAUUUGAUGAAGUUUCUGGAGUAAAGAACAACCCAAUUGAAAGUUUAAAUGCUGUGUUUAAACGUUGGCUUUCUUGGAAAGAAUUAUCAUUAUAUGCAUUAGUGCAGAUGUUUUUUUUUGUUUUGGAAUUUUAUGUGAAUGAAUUUAGACGUAGUCUUUGUUCGUAUGGUAUGUAUACGAGCUGUCGGUCUGUUUUAGCGUUUUUUUUAGAACGUGUCUUCUGUUGGUUUUUGUUUAUUAUAUGUGGUUAUCAUUUACAAGCAGCAUACAAUGAUGCAAAAACUGAUGUUGCACAUUUAACUCUUGUUUCUGGAUUUUCACCUGAUGAGGUUGUGGCAAAAAUAAAGUCUGCUAUGCUUAAGCAACCAACACCUGCAAAUGAUGAUAAUCCAGCAUUUGGUAGUACACAAAAUCAAGCUGGCAUUAUCAACUUGAAUGAUAUGAAGGAUGAUUCUGACAAUAACAAUUCUAUUGAAGUUAUGUGCAAUAAUGAAUCAAUUAUCAAUCGUCCAUUGUCUAAUAAUCAAACUUAUAUUAAUGAUAUUCGACAAGAAAAAUUAACAAAUACUAGUCGAGCUAUUCAUGCCGUUCACAUGAAUGAUCCAAAACGUCUUUUCCGAUGCUCAUGUCCUAAUACUUUACUAAAUUGUUCACAUGUACUUGCUGUGAAACAAUUCCUAGGUAUGUCAUUAGAUAAACGUGAUAAUCACGUUAAUCUCGGUCAUGAAAGAAAACGAAAACGAAUCGACGAUAAGAUUAAAAAAGUCGGUGGUAAAUGUCCACGUCGAUGUGAUAAAGAAUCAAAUCAGAAAUAUACAUCAUCACAUUUUUCUUCAAAACAAAAUAAUGCCACAAAUGCUGUUGAAACACGUCGAGAUGAUAUUAUUUCAUUUCCGUUGAAUCCAUCGAACAAUCCACAAUUUGUCACACUUACACUAACAGAUAUAUCAAAUUUACCAUCGUCAUCAACAUCUAAUGUUACUACUACACCUAAAGUUAUAAAAGCGAUUCGUUUUAUUACACCAGUCAAUCUUAUUGUUUCACAACAGCAAUCAAAUCAAGCUGAAAUUUAUUCAGAUGAAUGUCUUUUAGAUGAACUGUAUUCCAAAGUGAAACAAGCAUAUGUUGAUGUAAACAUACCAGCAGUUUAUCCAGCAGCGAAUAAACAAUUACAACAACGACUUAGUGACUUUGUUUCUAAAGAAGAAUUUAUCGUAUUACCUAUCGAUGACGAAAUUAAAGUUGUCGUCUCGUCAUUUAUUCAUGCAUAUGAACAAACUGGUUUUAUUGAAUCAGCUCCUAAAUGCUAUGAACGGCUACAUAAUAUUUAUGCUAUUUCGAAUAAAAGAAUUCGAAUUGUUCAACGUACAUUAGCUAAAUUUAUUGUUUCAUCUUUUGUUAAUGAUGAAAAUGAAAAUGAAAAGAAUGAAGAUGAUAAAAGUCGUGAUGAUAAAAUUGAAUAUGAUAAAAGUUAUGAUGAUAAAAUUAAAUAUGAUAAAAGUCAUGAUGAUAAAAUUGAAGAUGAUAAAAAAUAUUAUAAGCAACACAGGAAUGUGCUCAAAUUUAAUCAAAGUGAAAACGUUCAUAUUUCGCCACAUUCAACAUCUCAUGUAUCGAUUAACACACGUUCGAAAACGAAAUUAAGCAAAGAUCAAAAUAUUCGAUCAUCUGAACGUGAUCUUGAAGCUGAUAAAAGAAAAAAAAUGAAACGUUAA